AUGUUUUCGACGCCACUUGCCAUCCUGGGCCUCGCGGCCGUCGUGGCCCAGGCCAAGGUCCAGUUUCUCGGCGUGUCUAUCUCGGGCGGCGACUUUGGCUGCACGAUAGACGGCAGCUGCCCGACGGGUCAGGUCCAACUGCCCCUGAGCUCGCUGGGCGGCGGCGACGGGCAGGGCCAGAUGAAUCACUUCGCCAAGGACGACGGCAUGAACAUGUUCCGGCUGCCCGUAUCGUGGCAGUUCCUCGCCAACAACCAGCCGGGCGGCACGCUCGACGCCCGCAACCUGGGCCGCUACGACCAGGUGGUGCAGGCCUGCCUGGCCACGGGCGCGCACUGCAUGAUCGACAUACACAACUUUGCGCGGUGGAACGGCAAGGUCAUCGGCCAGGGCGGCCCCUCGGACGACGACUUCGCCGGCCUGUGGCGCCAGCUGGCGGCCAAGUACGCCGCCAACGAGAGGGUCGUGUUCGAGCUCAUGAACGAGCCGCACGACCUCGACGUCGCCGCCUGGGCGCGCACCUGCCAGGCCGCCGUCACGGCCAUCCGCCAGGCCGGCGCGACCAGGCAGAUGAUCCUGCUGCCCGGCACCAACUUCGACAGCGCCGCCACGCUCGUGUCGAGCGGCAGCGCCGACGUCCUCAUGGCCGUGCGCAACCCGGACGGCAGCACCGACGGCCUGCUGCUCGACAUCCACAAGUACCUCGACGUCGACAACUCGGGCACCCACAAGGAGUGCACCACCGACAACCGCGCCGCCUUCGCCGAGGUGGCCGCCUACCUGCGCCGCGCCGGCCGCAAGGGCCUCGUGUCCGAGACGGGCGCGUCGCUCGACGGCAGCUGCAUGACGGCCUUUUGCUCGCAGAACGCCCUCAUCAACGAGAACGCCGACGUCUUUGUCGGGCUCGUCGGCUGGGCUGCCGGCUCGUUCCCGACCUCGUACAUCCUCAGCAUGACGCCCAGCAAGAACGGCAACGCCUUUGUCGACAACGCCAUCACCAAGCAGUGUCUGAUCGACACCUGGCUCAACGCCAAGGCUGUGGCACCCGCUCCCAGUGUUGCUCCUGCGCCCAGCGCCGCCCCGGCUCCCACCUCGGCCCCGGCCCCGGCCCCGGCCGCCCCCGCUGCCUCCAGCGCACCCGCACCUGUCUCCCCCGUCGCGCCGCCGGCUUCGAGCCUCCCGCCCUUCAUUCCCGCCCCCGCGCCGUCGGCAUCCUCGGCAUCAUCCUCGACAUCAUCCUCGGCAUCAUCCUCGGCAUCAUCCUCGGCAUCAUCCUCGUCCUCCCCCUCCUCCACCGCCCUCCUGGUCGCCUCCUCCACCGCCCUGCUCGUCGCACCGCCCCGCUCCCGCUCCACCUCCUCCUCCGCCUCGGGCUCGCCAUCGUCCUCCAAGCCCGCCUACCCGACCCGCAUCGUGCCCUCCGAGGUCUUGGGCACCGGCGCCGCCGCGACCAAGGACUCGGCCGCGCCCACCACGCUCCUGGUCGCCGCCGGCACCCCGCCGGCCCGCGCGCCCUACGGCGGCUCCUCCGGCGUGCGCUCCUCCAACGGCUCCACGCCCGUCUCGUCCCCGAGCCCGUCCGCCUCCAGCACCAGGCCGCCCAUCGCCGCCGCCGCCGGCUCCGUCUGGCAGCCGGCGGCCGCCACCAGCCUCGUCGCCGUGUUUCUGGCACUUGCUGCCCUGUUCGUGUAG